AUGGAUUCUGGAGACGUAUCGGCGGCGUCGGGGCCUCGAGGGAGCGUGCUCGCCGACUGCGUCACACAGAGGUCCUGCUUCACGGAUCAAAAGAUGGUCAAGUUAUCCUUCGUGUGGACAAUCACAAAUUUCAGCCUCUGCCGACAGGCCACUGGGCAAGCACUGCUCAGCUCGACGUUUUCCGCCGGUGAGCACAAGCCCGUCACGUGGCGCCUCAAGCUGUACCCAAGAGGCGCCAGCGAAAAGUACGCAGAUUACGUGUCCCUCUUCCUGGUGUCCUACAACACCAGGCGGGUCUCUGCCAAGGCGAGGUUCUCCGUCGUCGACGUCAGAGAGGACGAGACGAACAGCCGCCAGACCAGCACGCGAAUCUUUUCGCGCCGCGGCGACAGCUGGGGAUACGUAAAAUUCAUCGGCAGGAUGUGUUUGAAACAGAAUGGCAGGAACCUUCUGCCCGACGACACGCUUACGCUCAAGUGCCAACUCACCGCCCUGGAGAGGUCCACGAACGCGCCUGGAUGGAGCAGCGAGGUCGCUUCCAGCCCGCUUCCCCAGUGCCGCCUCUCCGAAGACUUGGAAUGGCUGCUGGACAGUCAAAAUUACGCGGACGUGACGUUUAAGGUGGGCGACGAGGCGUUCCAGGCUCACAGGAGCAUCCUGGCGGCACGCUCAGCGGCCUUCCGGCAAAUGCUCGAGUACCCGGUGGAGGAACAAGCAGUCGACGGGGUAGUCAUCGAGGAUGUCGAACCGGACGUUUUCGCUGCCAUCCUUAGAUUUGCCUACACAGGGCGCGUGCCGGAGCCCAUAGUGAAACCCAAGUCCCUCCUGAAAGCUGCCAACAGGUACAACAUGGACCUACUCAAGGCGUCGUGCGAGCUGGCUCUCAUCUCCUGCCUAUCCGAGGAGUCGGCUGCGGACAUGUUGAUUCUAGCCGAAAAGCACAACGCCGUCACGCUGCGCAACGCCACCCUCGACUUGAUCGGCUCGAACGCCGACGCUGUAGGGGAGACUCCCGGAUGCGAUUCCAAGCGUCACGUCGAUGAGCUCGAACAGCACUUGACGCUGACCAACGGAUGCAUUGAGCCGCCGGCGAAGCGUACUAGGAACUCUUGA